AUGAUUGGCAGUCUAUUUUUCAUCUUCAAUCGCCUGGUGGAGAUUGUCUUCCUGAUCCCCAUCAUUGGCAUGCUGGCCUACUUUGUAGACGGAUACCUGAAAGCAAACAUCAUCACCCCCACCUACAUCCUCGUUCUCUUCAUCGUCAGCGUCAUCGCCGUCUUCUGGUGCUUCGACACCCUCAUCCGACACUCCACCACCAAGCGCUCUGCCAUCUUCGUCGCCUUCGUCGACCUCCUCUUCUUCGGCGCCUUCAUCGCCGGCGUCUACCAGCUGCGCUUCAUUGCCAAUGCCGACUGCUCGCACUGGAACGGCGGCUCCGUCUGGGUCUCCCUGGGCCCGUUCGGCUCCUACGGUUACCGCACCGAUAACCCGCUCUCGAGGGACAUGAACAAGCAUUGCGCUAUGCUGAAGGCUUCGUUUGCGUUCGGCAUCAUGGAGGUCGUCUUCUUCUCGUGGACCGCCUUCUGGGCCCUGUUCAUGUAUAACCGCAGCGACGUUGUCGUCAAGGAAACGCAUGUGCGCCGACGCAGCCACAGCAGUCGUCGUGGCCAUGGCGGCCACCGUCGUCAUAGUUCGAGUUCGCGACGACCGCAAUAUGUGGUUUGA